GGCGCCUGGAGAAGGCGGUGCGGGCUGGGACGGCGGCAGCGCCUGCCGGAGAGGGCGGGCCGGGGUCAGCUGCGGCGGGCGGGCCGGCGCGGGGAGCUGUGGGCGGCCGCUGCGUCUCCUGCCGCCGCCCUCCCUCCGCCACGAUGCCGGGGAUCGACAAGCUGCCCAUCGAGGAGACGCUGGAGGACAGCCCGCAGACAAGGUCUUUACUAGGUGUAUUUGAAGAAGAUGCCACAGCUAUUUCCAACUAUAUGAACCAAUUGUAUCAAGCUAUGCAUCGGAUUUACGAUGCACAGAAUGAAUUAAGUGCAGCAACACACCUGACCUCAAAACUUUUAAAAGAAUAUGAAAAACAGCGUUUUCCAUUGGGAGGUGAUGAUGAAGUUAUGAGCUCUACAUUGCAACAGUUUUCAAAAGUUAUAGAUGAGCUUAGCUCUUGUCAUGCAGUGCUUUCAACUCAACUUGCUGAUGCCAUGAUGUUCCCCAUUACCCAGUUUAAAGAAAGAGAUCUGAAAGAAAUACUAACGUUAAAGGAAGUAUUUCAGAUUGCAAGUAAUGAUCAUGAUGCUGCAAUUAAUAGAUAUAGCCGAUUAUCAAAAAAAAGAGAAAAUGACAAGGUGAAGUAUGAAGUAACAGAAGAUGUGUACACAUCCAGAAAGAAACAACACCAGACCAUGAUGCAUUAUUUUUGUGCAUUAAAUACUCUUCAGUACAAGAAGAAAAUAGCAUUGUUAGAACCUCUACUUGGGUACAUGCAAGCUCAGAUAAGUUUCUUUAAGAUGGGUUCUGAAAAUCUUAAUGAACAACUGGAAGAAUUUUUAGCUAAUAUUGGAACAAGCGUUCAGAAUGUUCGCAGGGAAAUGGACAGUGAUAUAGAGACCAUGCAACAGACAAUAGAGGAUUUGGAAGUAGCCAGUGAUCCCUUAUAUGUGCCUGACCCAGACCCCACCAAAUUUCCUGUUAAUCGAAAUUUAACCCGAAAGGCUGGAUACCUUAAUGCUAGGAAUAAAACAGGCUUGGUGUCAUCUACCUGGGACAGACAGUUUUACUUCACGCAGGGUGGAAAUUUAAUGAGUCAGGCCCGUGGGGAUGUAGCAGGAGGCCUGGCCAUGGACAUAGACAACUGUUCAGUGAUGGCUGUGGACUGUGAAGACAGACGAUACUGUUUUCAGAUCACCUCUUUCGAUGGAAAAAAAUCUUCAAUUUUGCAAGCAGAGAGUAAAAAAGAUCAUGAAGAGUGGAUCUGUACAAUAAACAACAUAUCUAAACAAAUAUACUUAAGUGAAAAUCCAGAGGAAACUGCUGCACGAGUAAAUCAGUCAGCUCUGGAAGCUGUCACUCCUUCCCCAUCUUUCCAGCAGAGGCAUGAGAGCCUGCGGCCAGCAGCAGGACAAUCUCGGCCACCGACAGCUCGAACCAGCAGUUCAGGAUCCUUAGGAUCUGAGUCUACAAAUUUGGCUGCCCUCUCUUUAGAUUCUCUUGUUGCCCCAGACACCCCAAUACAGUUUGACAUAAUUUCUCCUGUGUGUGAAGAUCAGCCUGGCCAGGCAAAAGCCUUUGGCCAGGGAGGCAGGCGUACAAAUCCAUUUGGAGAAUCUGGAGGAAGUACAAAAUCUGAAACUGAAGAUUCUAUUCUUCAUCAGUUAUUUAUUGUCCGAUUCCUUGGUUCAAUGGAGGUGAAAUCGGAUGACCAUCCAGAUGUUGUUUAUGAAACCAUGCGCCAAAUCUUAGCUGCCCGGGCCAUCCAUAACAUCUUUCGUAUGACAGAAUCGCAUUUAUUAGUCACUUGUGACUGUUUAAAGUUAAUUGAUCCACAGACACAAGUUACAAGGCUCACGUUUCCAUUACCUUGUGUAGUUUUGUAUGCUACACACCAGGAAAAUAAGCGCCUUUUUGGAUUUGUUCUUCGGACAUCAAGCGGGAGAAGUGAAAGUAAUCUGUCAUCAGUCUGCUAUAUAUUCGAGUCAAACAAUGAGGGGGAAAAGAUAUGUGAUUCUGUUGGACUGGCAAAACAGAUAGCUUUGCAUGCUGAACUGGAUCGUAGGGCAUCAGAAAAGCAAAAAGAAAUAGAGAGAGUAAAAGAGAAGCAACAGAAAGAACUCAAUAAACAAAAACAGAUUGAAAAGGACUUGGAAGAACAAAGUCGGUUGAUAGCUGCUUCCAGUAGACCAAACCAAGCCAGUAGCGAGGGGCAGUUUGUUGUCCUUAGCAGUAGCCAGUCAGAAGAGAGUGAUUUGGGAGAAGGAGGAAAGAAGAGAGAGUCAGAAGCAUAAACUUAUACUUUUGGUAGAUAUUUCCCCCUUGGAAUUUGACAGUUUCUAUGGUGAAAUGGCACAAGGUAACAACUAUGCUGAACUAUCAAGGAGGAGACUAAGCUUUAUAUUUGCUUAUUUGUUGUAGCUACAUUUAAAAAAAAAGACUGAUCUUUGUUCCCCCUUAAACAUAAUGUACUAUGUAUUAACAUCUAAAGGAAACCUGCUCAUCUCCCUGAAGUAGACUGCUGAGGAAUUACAUUUGCUCAAUAAUUUUUUCCUUCAAAUUGUGAACUUUUAAUUCUUGCAUUGUAAUUGGCUAUGUCUGUAAGAAAUCAUUUAUUCUUCAGGCUUAGACAUUCAUGGAUAUGCUUUUCUUUCAUUAGGAACAUUUUGCUGGCAAUGAGGAAGCAUUUAGCUGAGUAAGUUUAAAGCCCUUUAUACAGAGAAUUCUACAAGUUUGCAAAUAUUUUAACAAUAUUAAAUGUGCAAUAGAACUUUUAUAAAGUAAUUAGAACAGAGAUUUUACACUUAAGGUUUCAAAUUGUGGCAGGUGGUACUGUUGAUCUCAGGGCACUUUCUGGGAUUGCUCACACUUCUCUAAUGUACUGCACUUGAUGCCAGUAGGAAAGAAGCUUAAGUGUCUUUAGUUCAAGAUUGAUAGAGCCCUUGGCAUUUUAUUAUCACGUUCUUAGUUCUCAGGUUGGGACUUCAAUUACUGCUGCAGAGCAGUAGUGGUUAAAAAUAAGAUAUUGGAAUUUAUUAAAAGAUUUUUGUUCAAUACAUUUUAGAUUAGGAUUGACAAGUAAAGAUAUUGCUAUGGAAUG